GACACCGACCGAGACCGACGGGACACCGACGGGACACCGACCCGAGACCGACAGGACACCGACGGGACACCGACCGAGACCGACGGGACACCGACCGGACGCCGACGGGACACCGACGGAGAUGGACCGACGCCCCGCCCCGCUGGUCCGAGCUUCCCGCCUGAGCAGGAGCUCCGUUCCGGUCGGUGUCGGUUGUGGGAGGAGCCAACAGACUGACUUCAGGAGCCCGACCAGAAUCCCCAGAUCCAGAGUGUCGACCGGUUUCAACGUCGAGUCUCCGCACAACGAGUCCGACUGUCAGAGCGACAUCGUCUGGGACGCCGCCUCGCCGUCGCCCCUCCGACCUGGUAAACGAGGAAGAAGAGCUCCGACCGGCGCCGCGAGCAUCUCGGAGAUCGUCAGCAGGAUCGCUCCAAAGCACGGACGACCGGAGGUCACGGAGCCGACGCUGCAGCAGUGGAUCGGAGACAACGCCGCCAUCCCCUGCACGCCGACCGUCCAGGUCCCCAAACCCAGGAAGAAGUCCCCACGGACGAGCGGCGUUGACGACCUCCUGAAACUUGCCCGACAGUUCGACUUCAACAUGUUCCGUCAGGACGAGGACGAGCUGGACGACAUGCACCAGCAGAGUCUGGAGCUCCUGUCGGAGGACAUCUUGGAUUUUGAGAACGGCGACCAGAUUGACCUUUCACCUCCAAGUGCGGCGGCGGGGACAGACGCGGCGGUUGUAAUGGAUCAUCACACAGAGAGCGAUUUAGAUGCUCUGUUCGACGGACCAACCCAACGCGUGAGCGGAUGUUUGAGUCAGGUGUCGUCACAAGUUAAACCUGCUGUCAUUUCACCUCCCAGAGAGGCUUCUGGGAAAAAACCUGCGGCCGUUUGCUCCGGGGCAGCGAAUGAUGCGUUCGAGGACGACUGGGAUGACGACGACUUGCUGAGUGACCCUCUGGUGUUGGAGAUGACACAGAGUCCACAGAGGUUUGCGGCUCCAAGACACCAGUCGACACAGAAACCAGCCGGUGGCGUUAAACACCGGAGUGCGGCGAACGCUCCCGCCUGCGGAGGCGCUGGACUUGGCCGCCAAUCAGCUGCUUCCACGGCAGAAACAGGAAGUGUGAGACAAAGAGCGACUUUCAAACUGCUGUCGAGUCCUGAUGCGUUUUUGAGGACGAACCUGAGGGCGGAUUACAGCCGGAGACGGGCAGAGGGCGUUGCUGAGCAGAGCAGGGUAUCGAACAGUCGGGACACCGGAUCAAACACAGAGUCUGACCAGCGGAAGAGGACGACAGGUACCAGCUUCUCGUCUGCUUCGUCAGCAACAACAUCAACUCUGGGUUUCCCAAAGAAACCCCACGUCGUUCUCUCCCACAUGGGGCCCACGGCUGUCUCCGACGACCCGGACGACCUGGACGCCCUCUUCUCGUCUGACCCGGUGUGGGAUGACCCGGCCGACGACGACCUGCUCUGUGAAAUGUGUGACAACAUGGAGAACCAGAUCCGGAGCUCCUACGACACGUCCUCCAAACAGACUCCACCGUCGAACCAGAACGCAGCUCUACAGCUGGCCAAUCAGCAGCCUGUCCUCCACAAACAGACACCCGCCGCUCGCCCCGGUGGCCAGGCGGGUGUCACUGCAGGCCCACAGGUGGACAUGACAAGGGAUUCGUUCAGAUUCACACAGACUAAAAGUUCUUCAGGAUCCACGUGUUCGCUGGAGAGCACGGUGCAAUCAGCUCUUGCAGCGCCGCGGAACGAAGACCGGGUCGACUUCAGGAUCCCGACCGACCCGGCGUCCCCUUGGACCAACACAGCUCGCUGCUCAGCAGCAGAGAUCGAGCUGAAGAAGCAGCAGGCGAUGGAAAGACGACGACGAAGACUUCAGGCGUCGCAGAACCUCCGAGCUCCGACAUGACACACAACCGACAUGGACGACCUCUGACCUCGGCGGCCUGGACACAGAUGUGAUCAGGACGACCUCUGACCUCGGCGGCCUGGACACAGAUGUGAUCAGGACGACUCUAAACCUUCCUGAUAUAAAAAUGUUCUUGUAAAAUUAAAUUGUACGUUUACUCUUAUUUCACGGUUUUGUACUUUUUCUAUCGUCUCAUUUCUUUAAGGAAAAUUUCAAUUCAAGUUUAAAAUGAGUUUAAAAAUGUUCCAGCUGUGACGGUGGAAACAAACUGAAUUUUCACGUUAAUGAAUCUGCUGAUGAAUAAACUAUAAUAAUGAUUAUGUUGUCAGACGCGAGCUAGGCUAACGGUUUCCCUCUGCUUCCAGUCUUUAUGCUAAGCUAGGCUAAUUGCGAGGCCAGAAUCAUCUGUUUUGUUUUUAAAUAACAAGACUGAUUUUAAUCUUCAGCACUUUAUCAAACUGAUUUGAUUUGUUUCACGAAUAAAAUGUUAUUGAUUCUUAUUGAUCCUGAUCUUGUUUCAGCAGCAGCCUCUGCUGAAAUGUGGUGUCACGUGAUCGGCUGAUUGAUGAACGUUGGUUUAAUAAAAUAAAGAGGGAGGGGCCAGUGGAGAGGACGGAAUUAGGCUGGCCCACCUCAUUAACAUCUCUUACAAAUGAAAAGAAUGAAUUGAAUCGUUUCUUUGUAUUUUGGAGAGAAACAGGAAGUGACGAGACGUGAAAAGACCAAAAUUCACUUCACUCGUUAAACUUUUUUAUUGGCUCUGAAACGUUUCAUGUCAUUUCUCUGUAAACAUCAACCAAACGUCUGAAAUACAAAAUCAAAUACGAGACGACUCAUGUUCACAUCACUUCGUCUAACUAGUCAUGUGACGACGACUCAUCAUGCACCAAGAACUCACUGUACAACUUCACACAGGAAACGCUGCGUCGCCAUGACGACGGGGCACCAACAUGCACGUGUGCACGUCGUAGUGAAGCGAAGAAGAAGUUUAUUUGAACAGAUCCACAUGCAGAAGAAGAGACGGAGCCGCUCAGCUCGUCAUCAUGCAAAAACACGAGUCACCGACGCCAUCUUGUUCUUGUGUCGACACUGAAUAAAAGACAACGUGAGCGUCCGGAUGUUGAAUCUCUGACAGCGACCCGACACAAACAGACCACUUAAUCACUAUUAAUAUUAUUAUUUACACAAACGAUGGGCUUCAUCUGACGGACUGAGUCCUCGGGAGUCGUGUUUGAUGGUUCAGAGAAAACGUCGACGAAGUCGUCGCUCUGCGAGUCGGAAAUAAGUCACGGAACCCGAAAGGAAGUCGGACAUUUUGAAUUGAUUGUUCAGUUCUCGUCAGUCGUAUCAUCCUCAGUUAUUCACGUCGAUGUGUUCGGAUCUAAACGCUGCGACGCCUCAUUUCUUAUCUGGUUCAGCUUCCUGCGCGUCACGGCGCCACCUGCUGGAGCAGAACAAUACAGGUGAUGAACUUCGGGUCGAGCAGAACGUGACGGAUCUUUGGAUCGUGAGCAGACUCAUCGGCGACAGUUCUGAUAAAGGAGAUCGUGGAGUUUCUGGGGUUCUAGUUGUAAACAGGAAGUGACGUCGUCUUCAUCAGAUCUUCACGUCGUGACAUCACGUUUAAUAACAGAAGCGAACGCGUCAUGCAGCGUCCGAGCAGA